AUGGAUUCGCUAUCGAAAAAGAUUCAAAAUUUGGGAAUUCAUGAUAUUAGAAAUGCUGCCCGGUUUGCGCAAAACGUAAUUGUUCAAUAUGAACCUUACCAGGUUGAUAUUAGACGUGCAACAAACACAGACUCGUGGGGUCCCACGCCCAAACAUCUGUUCAAAGUUAUGCGCAACAAAUACCAGGUCCCACUGCACUUAAUGACCGAAUACACGUUGAAAAGAUUGGUGGACCAUAUCGCUUCAAGACCCAAAAAUUUGUAUGAAAAGGCCCGCAAACAAUACGUCAACUAUGGAGCUGAGUGGCGGGUCGUUCUUAAAUGUAUGGUGGUGCUUGAGUUUUUGUUGUUGAACGUUGAUACUGGAUCUGAGCUCGACCAAGUCACCGGCUGCUUACUCACGCAUAAACAUAUCCUACUUCGUGAUGUGAUGAAUUUCCGCGUGGAAUUCAGUGCAGAUGGCAAGAUGGAGGUACAUGAACGGGGAAUCAAAAAGAAAUGCGAAACUUUAAUCCAGUACUUGGAAGAUCCAGCCUUCUUGAAAAAAGAGCGUUCCAAACAUGUCAAAAAUGUCGCUAAAAUCCACCACUCGGCAAGUGCUUACUCAACAACGGCAUCUUCUCCUUCUGUAGCGGGCCAAGACCCUGUUUACGGCUCCUACGACGAUGACGACGAUGACGACGACGAUGACAUCGAUUCCUACAGGGUCCAGGCGACUACUUCACCAUCCAAUACCCCAGCCCCAAGACGCAGAGCUUCUGCUGCAGAUGAGCAGCGACGCCAGAAGCGGGAGAUUUUGAGAGAAAAAAUUAAGGCCAGUGAACUACAGCGUAAAGCAUCUUUGAAAAGGGCUCAGGAACCACCUGUGGACCUUUUGAGCUUUGAUGAUGUUAAACCUGCUGUGCAGACUCCAUCCUCUCAAACCGCAGCACCCUCGGCAACCCACUCUAAGCCCUCAAAUGGCCUCCUUGACGAUGACGAUGAUGACGAUUUUGGUGAGUUUCAAAGCGAUGGUAACGCCCAAACUACGUCUACCACCAACACAACAAAUAGCACGAUGGGGGGUAUGGAUUUUUUGAAUUGGGAUGCUCCCGCUACCAAACCUGCUGCCAACAGCAAGCCAAGCACCGGAACCAAUGGCAACUCAAAAGAUGCAUUUGCGGACUUGUUUUCGUAUUCUAAGAAUCAUUCUUGA